AGUCUUCUUGACACCCAGUCGGUGUCAACGCAACACCACAACACCCAAGCUAGAGCCGCUGGCCAGAGCUCAAACCACCAUGAUGAUACAUGUACAUCCAACGAGACUACCCCUACUGCUAUCGUGCCUGCUACUACUCCUGUCGUCGUUCCAGACAAGCCUCCUUGUCCAUGCGGAAAAGUUGACGAAAAAUCAAGAAAAAGUCAAUUUGGUAUGGAAUCAAAUGGUAUCAGAUUUCGAUGCCUUCAAGGCGGCUUUUGCGGACGAUGCCAAGAUCAAAAUGUGCCUCCGCGGCAUGCCCUUUUGCACGGAAGGAACCUUUAACGAAAUGCUCGAAGGAUUCCGGGUGGCUUUCUCGUCGUUUCAAGUCAAGCAUAAAUUCUUGACGGGCAAGUCCCAUCCCGACACAUUUUUAGUCGAGUGGGUCAACAGUAUACAAACCAACGAGGGUUGUCGGGCCAUGUGGUGGGGAUAUGCCACGUACGAAUUCAACGAUGAUGGAAAAAUCAAACGUUUCCUGGGAAUGUCCGAAGAAUCGGAGGAUGUCAUUCAUUGUGUCUCCAAGGUUUCGGGAAUCAACGUCGAAUUGUGAGAGACAGAAAGCGAUAGAUUGAAAUAUUGGGAAUGCAGAGAAAAAGACAGUUCAUAGGGUGGACAACUUCAUGUAUAUGUAUCCAUGUUGCAAAUUUGGAUUUUUACCAGUGAGAUUGAAAACAACUGAUCUACUGGCCGUACAAGCCCUGCUCAAACCGACAGCACAUGGAUGAUGUGCCCUAUUCAACUACUAGUAGUAUCCAACAGUCAAGUCCAAACAAUCAACAAGAGAUCUCUGGUUGCCACAAAUGGAAUUUACUAUUGUGGGUGUGUUUACAACUACCGGUUGGAUGUAUACUGCAAUGAUUGGGGUCGAUGUACGGUAUACUGCUGUGAGUUUUCCACACCCAAAAGUGGGUUCAAGUCAACAAUCUCAACACGUGGCUUCGUUGUUUGUUGUUUAGUAAGCUAAGUAAAUGUACUGUUUUUGGGAGGCUGCCUUCUAAUGUACGGUAGAUGCUAGCUAAAGUGAGCGCUAACCUGCAGA